AUGAGGGAAGUAUUGCUCAUUAAAGAGGGUCUCAAACUAUUCCCAGGUCAAUCCUGCAACAUCUAUUCUUCUCCUGACCUGUUUCCACCAAGUGCUCGCUUGGCCUUCCAUCUUGUAUACCGAAAAUUCAACCCAGUAUUCAUCUGGCACUCCCAUAGUAUUCAUGUGCUUAACUAUGGAAUCAAACCAGAAUUUCGCUUCCUGAGGUCAUCCCUCACUAUUGAACGUGGGGAUAGGCGAUCGUCUAUAUUCCCGGAAGAACAGGAACAGGAGCUAACCAUUGCUUUUUCCGCCGUAGAAGUUUUAUCUGAAAGUGAUAAAUGUGAUCCCCAACAGCCACAGCAGAUAGGCCAAAAGCUAGAGCUCCUACCAGAUAAAAAACUUAGCGAGGGUAAAAACCACGACAACAUUAUUUUAAGGGGUACUUAUAAAGUACCGACUGCUGUGAAGCGCCUUUGCAAAGCUGAUUACGACAUGAAUUCUAAGAAGAUUCACAUUCUGAUAAAAGAAUUAAAAUACCAUCCAAAUUUAGUGAGAUAUUAUGGCGUAAUACCUUAUGAAGAGUGUUUUUAUGUUGCUAUGGAGCAAGAGUACUACUUCGAUGAAACAUCAUUCAACUUGGAUGAACUGGUUCAACUAGACUUAGCAAAUUCCAAUCCGUCUGAGGUUGUGGCAAAUGACAGAUUGAAAGUAGUGAAGAAUAUUGUCGGAAAAUUUGAACUCAUUCCAAAAAAUGGGUGUCCAAUUCCUGAUUUAUCGUGGACAGUGAUGAGGAAAGUGCUUUGCGGGCUAGUGCACUUACAUGCAUUGGGCAUAAGUCACGGAGACUUGAAGCCUCAAAACAUUCGAAUUAUUAAGGAAGGAUCAUUGUGGUAUGUAAAGCUUUCUGACAUGGGCAUUAAAACUGGUAGUGGCAUUUUGGAUAGGCAAGCAUGUCGUGAUCACGGGAACCAUAUAUGGGUUGAUGAUAUGCACACUUUCGGUGGAAUUUUCUCUUAUUGCAUCACUGGUAUUUCUGAAUUUGGUGACUGGAAAACAAUAACAAAGAAGAGGGACUCAUUGUUGGAGAAUUAUCCUGAAGCUCGUCAUCUUUUCCUUUGUUUAACAAGCAAGAAUCCUACAGAACGUCUAACAGCAAAGGAGGCACUGUGCCAUUCACAUUUUUGGGAUCCGAAGGAGAAACUUUUAUUUCUUCUUGACACUUACAAAAGAGUAUUUGAUUUUGAGGGCAAACAUCUUCGCAAUGAGCUAGAAACUAUUUCAUCGAAAGUUAUAGAAGGAAAAUGGAAGGGAGAGCAUGUUCAAGAAUGGAACAACAGGAUUGAUGCAGAUAUAAUGAAUUAUGCAAUUGAUCAAUUGGAAAAGUACUGUCCAAAUAAUACUUACAAAUUCAAAAGCCUUCCAGAAUUAUUGCGGUUUAUUCGACACACCUAUAUUCAUUAUGGAAAGUGUCCACCGAAUAUUCAGAAAUCCAUAGGAUCAUUGGAUGAAGGUUUCUACAACUACUUUGAAAGUAGAUUUCCAAAUCUCUUAAUUGAAGUGUACACAGGUGUAGAGAAAUGGUGCGGCAAAGAGAACGUGGCCCCAGUUUGUUCGCUUCGCGGCCCUAGGAGAGCAACUGAACGCUGGAUAGCAGUGCAACGCCACAGCAUGGGCUCCACGGCGCUUCGAAAAUCGGUGCCGGGGUGCUCACGCCACAAUGGCAGCGCGUAG